AUGCUAUAUUCAUUCGCGGCAUUGUAACUGUUUAGUUAAGAUCGAUCGCGCAAACCGUUCCAAGUGUUAGAAAUUAAAAAAGUAAAUUAUCUAAAUUUUUUAAAUAUUUAUCCAUAGAAUGAUCUUCAACUUCUGAUCUUGCAAUUUGUACAACAAACAAAAAAUAAAGUUAGAUAGAGAAUUAAGAAAAAAUGUUUAAAAACGCGUAUAAUAGACUUUUUGUCGUGGUUACGAUCGUGGUUUUGAGUGCCGUUGUGAUCAAUUCCCAAAAUGUCAUCCUUGAAACUUUGGAUUUUCUGCGUCGCGGAGGUGAAGACAAUCGCCUUGAAAACAUGGACAAUAAACCCAUGGACGGAGAGUACGAUUUUAUUGUAGUCGGUGCGGGAACUGCUGGUUGCACUAUGGCCGCUCGUCUGUCUGAGAAUCCCGCCUGGAAGGUGCUUUUGCUGGAGGCCGGUGGACCGGAGAGUCUGAUCAUGGACGUACCGAUUGUGGCGCAUUUUCUGCAACUUGGUGAAAUGAACUGGAAAUAUCGCACCCAGCCCAGUGAUCGUGCCUGCUUGGCGAUGAAUAACAACCGUUGCAAUUGGCCCAGAGGAAAAGUGAUGGGUGGAUCUAGUGUUCUUAACUACAUGAUGUACACUCGUGGUAAUCGCCGUGACUACGAUCGAUGGGCUGCGCUUGGAAAUGAGGGAUGGAGCUACAAGGAUGUUUUGCCAUAUUUCAAGAAAUAUGAAGGCAGCAGUGUCCCUAACGCCGAACCAGAAUACGUUGGCCGCGAUGGACCAGUCAAGGUAUCGUAUGUCGAUUGGAAAUCAAAAAUUGCUACAGCCUUUGUCGAAGCUGCUCAGGAGGAUGGUCUUAGGUAUGUCGAUUACAAUGGACGAGUUCAAACUGGAGUGUCAUACCUGCAUACGACUACCAGGAAUGCCACUCGCUGGAGUUCCAACCGAUCCUAUCUCUAUCCGAUCAAAGGAAAACGUCCCAAUUUGCAUGUUAAGAAACGCGCUCUAGUCACCAAGAUCCUCAUCAAUCCCCAAACCAAGGCGGCUUAUGGUGUUGUUGUGAAGACCGACGGACAUUAUCACAAAGUGUUAGCACGCAAGGAAGUGAUCGUGACUGCUGGAGCCAUCAACUCACCACAGCUUCUCAUGUUGUCAGGAGUCGGUCCAGCCAAACAUUUGAGGGAAGUGGGCAUCAAACCUCUCGCCGAUCUCGCCGUGGGUUAUAAUUUACAAGAUCACACCGCCCCGGCUGUAACAUUCACUACCAAUGUGUCGUCGUUGCAUUUCGAGGACUUUGCCAAUCCGCUACUUUUGAACGAAUUUAAUAGACAGGGAGGACCAUACGGAUCUCCUGGAGGUUGUGAGACUAUUGCCUUCUGGGAUCUUGAUCACCAGGAACUAGAAGACGGUUGGCCAGAUAUAGAGUUGUUCAUGGUGGGCGGUUCGAUGUCAGCAAAUCCAGCUAUUUCCAGAGCUUUCGGUCUGAAGGACAUUGUCUACGAUGCAUUGUUCCGGGAGAUCGAGCAGAAAAACCUCGAUGCCUUCAUGAUAUUCCCUAUGAUUCUGCGUCCAAAAUCACGUGGCCGAAUUAUGCUGAAGAACACCGAUCCCACCAAAUAUCCUCUCAUCUAUGCCAACUACAUGCAUCAUCCCUACGAUGUGGACAUUUCAGUGCGAGGUUUGCUCAAGGCUAUCAGUUUGAUGGAUCGUUCGGCAUUCAAGGCUAUCAAUGCCAAAUUGUGGGAGAGGAAAAUUCCAACUUGUUCACAGUAUCGCUACAAAACCUACGAAUACUGGGAGUGUUAUGUGAAACAUUUCACCUUCACCAUCUAUCAUUAUUCUGGAACGACAAAGAUGGGACCAAAGACCGAUCGUUCCGCUGUUGUAGAUCCUCGUCUGCGAGUCUAUGGCAUUAAGAAUCUUCGAGUUGCUGAUGCUGGUAUCAUGCCAGAAAUUAUGUCAGGACAUCCAAAUGGGCCGGUAUUCAUGAUUGCUGAGAAGGCAGCUGAUAUGAUUAAGCAAGAUCAUGGUUUCAUUCCAUGAACCUCCCACACAAAAAGAAACAUCAAUUAGAUAAUAAGUUUGAAUGAAUGUGUGAUUGUGAUAGAAAAAUACGGAUGUAAAUGUAAAUAAUGAAUUAAGGGUUAAAAUUAUCAUCGAAUAUAUUUACAUAUAUAUGUUUUUAUAUUUAUCAUCAUUUUGUGAAAAUGAAAAUGUACUGAAAAUAGAUAUGUAAGACUUUAGACUAUAAGAUACUUUUAGAUUUGUAAUAAAAGGUUAAAAAAUUAAA